GAGAGAGAGAAAGAGAGAGAGGGAGAGAGAGCUGGGGGAGGAGGGCAGUGCUCUUGUUGGGAGAUAGGGAAUGCCCGUUAGUUGCGUCUGCCGAUAAUAGCACAUCAUCCAGAGCACUGCUGUUGGGAGAGCAGAGCACAGGCAGUGCAGAGGACUGAGCCACUGAGCGCAGAAUGGUACACUAGAGAAGACAGGCACACUCAGAGAGAGACGGAGAGAGACAGAGCGCAUCAGAACACGUUGAGAAGAGGAGGACGGAGAAGGAGCAGAGCAGUGGAGAGAGGAGAGGAGAGUGAGGAGGGGAGAAAAGUUACCAGGUCAGCAAUAGAACGUGGAAGUGGAGCAGCUGAGACUCACUGGGGUCACUCCCACUGGAGCAGCCCGGCACAGCAUUAAGCAGCAUUGAAGGAGAGUGAUAUUACAGGAGGGGAUAGAGGGAGCGCUGGAACUUCUUCCUGGAAAGACAGUCCUGUCAUAAGGCGAGGGUAAUGCUCCUCACAGGACCCUUCUGCACAGUUACUUCAGGACUAUCAAAGCAAGACAGCAGCAGCAAACAGAAGACACUUAAGCCUGGCAGAGGUGCCUGAGCAGUGCAGUUCUUCUCAUUACUAUACUGGAGACUUUCUGAUUCAACUGUGCGCUUUGAGGUGGAUGUGGUUGUGUUUCUGUGAGGCUUUUAUCUUUCUUUUUCUGCUUCAGAGUGUGAAGCAUUGGAGAUUUGGAGGGCGAGUUGUUCUGUCCUGUCAUCUCUGAGACUAUGGUAGACUGUGCGUCAGGGAGCUCUUCAUCAGCAGCUGCAGCCCUAGAGCAUGGAGAAGUCCAGCAGUGAGGAGUCAGCCAUUCACCGUAGCCCUUCAGUAGAUAGCAGAGACUCUGAUUUUGCUCAAGCCUCCACGUCUGGCCGCCCGUUUGGCGGCCGCGGGUUCACUGCCGGCGCUUUCUACGGCUCCACGGGGCCGCGCAAAAACGCACAGCAGGGGCAGGCUGGAGCAGCGGCUGACGCCAGCACAGGAGACAAGUCCAACAACAAGAACAGCUCACCCAAAGGCAGCAAAUACGUAGUCUUUUACCUGGAUCUAUCCUUUGUGUUCCUUUUAGAAUUCAAGAAGUGCAACAUGGCAAGAGGGUGCCUCUGCUGCUUGAAGUACAUGAUGUUCAUCUUCAAUCUCAUCUUCUGGUUAUGUGGCUGUGGGUUGCUCGGCGUGGGCAUCUGGCUCUCGGUGUCGCAGGGCAGCUUUGCCACCUUCUCACCCUCAUUCCCCUCACUGUCAGCUGCCAACAUGGUCAUCGCCAUCGGCGCCAUCGUCAUGGUAACGGGCUUUCUCGGUUGCCUGGGUGCCAUCAAGGAGAACAAGUGCCUGCUUCUGAGCUUCUUCAUUGUCCUGCUGAUAAUUCUCCUGGCAGAGCUGAUAUUGCUCAUCCUGUUCUUUGUGUACUCAGAUAAGGUGAGUGAGAAUGCUAAGCAGGAUCUGAAGGAUGGGCUGGCUCUCUACAACUCAGAAAAUAACAUAGGCCUGCGAAACGCCUGGAACAUUAUCCAGGCAGAGUGGAAGUGCUGCGGUGUGAUAGCGUACACCGACUGGCACGAGGCCCUGAAGGAGAAAGUAGUUCCUGACCGCUGCUGCCAGGAACAUUAUCAGAACUGUGGACGCAACUCCACCAACAUGUUCUGGAACAGGGGCUGCUUCGAGAAAGUGGAGGAAUGGCUGGAUGAAAACAAGCACCUGCUGGGAACCAUAGGCAUGGUCAUAUUGGUAGUGCAGCUCCUGGGCAUGGCGUUCUCCAUGACGCUGUUCCACCACAUCCACAGAACGGGGAAGAAAUACGACGCUUAGCCUUGAGGGGAAGGCACCCAGUGGAGAGGAGCCCCACUGCCUGAUGGGAUAAGACUCUGAUUUAAACACCCCUGCUCUCCCUCCCCACCUCACUUUAUAACCUCUUUAGAGCACCCUUUGCCCCCAUCGCCACUUCCCAGACCUUCUGUACAGAUUCCAGCUGUGUCCCCGCUCUGAUGUGCUCUCUCCUCUCACCAUUCAUUUUGCCAAAGAGUACCACAACUGGAAGAGAAGGGACACCUACUUUUGGCAAGGAAGAGGAUCCCAUUGGUUGGCACUCUUCUUUUUUUUUUUUUUUUGCUUGGACUAACAAUUUGCUGGAAGGAAGGAAAGACUUUGAAACAAUGAAGACUUUACUAAUGCCCACAUACCCCCCUGCUGAGGCUAAAGCGAACAUAUGAAACUGAUAAUACCUUCCACCUCUUGUGGAGGUUUUUUUUCCUUAUGUUGAAUAAAGUCAAGCCCCCUUUUUCCUUUGUAAAUGAAAAAAGUUCCAACAUGGCAUGCUAGUUUUCUACUUCACUGAUUUACCUUUGUCGUCAAAAUGUCGAGCAGAUUUUUCCUUUUUUUUUUUUUUUUAAGAAAGUAUGUCAUCAGUGCUCCUGUGGAAUGUAAGUGUUGAACAGAUCAGUGCAAUGAGCUCUCAGACAUGCAGUGUGUGUGUGUGUGUGGGGUUGGAUUUGAAGUGCCGUUGCUGUGGAGGGGCACAGAUAUGUCAGGAUGGAGUCUAAUGUAAUCCCUGAUUCAUAUUUUUUUCAUUUGGCUGUAGAGAUUUGGGUAAAGUGAGCAUGAUGGAGGAACGUCAUGUAAGCGUGAGGAAUCAUCAGUUGAUUCAUUUUAUAGCAAAUUCUGCAAUAGCCUCUGAAUAAUAAAUUGUAACACACAAAUCUGUCCGUGAACACACAGACACACACUUUGUGCUGCCACGCAGCAGCAAUGUUCCCAUUCCCUGUGAGACAAUACAAAUGGUGUAAAAUGGCUGUUUAUUAGGGCUCCACCAGGACUGUCAAGUGAAGAGAUCUGGGUGAUGAAGUUCCCCCUCUGACAAUACGGCCUGAAUUGCCUAUAUUUCUCUCUGUGUGUGUGUAGCUUUGUGGGUGUGUUUUAUCACACUGUCCAAGCUGCAAAGAAACCAACCAAAAGAAAAAAAAAAACAAACAAAAAAAAAAACAGAACAUAGAAAUCCAGAGAAGCAAGGGCACAAGGGGCAAAAACAGACCAGACAUGUUGUCUCGCUGCUGCCAUCAAUUGUGUUGGCGGAGGCGGCCAGAGCCUUUCUCCUCUAUAUUCUUGAGAUCUCAUCCAUUCGCUCUGCCCCCCUCAUCCUUUCUCUCUCUGGCUGUCAACCCUCCACCCCACCCACCCCACUACAUCUUUCUUUCUUUUUUUUUUCACCCCAAUUUUCUUCCCACAUGUCAGAAAGCAACGAGCUGUUUGCUCCAAAUGUACACACAGCAUCUCUGCUGACGUUCCUGCCCAUCAUGCAGUUCCACCUCUGGUUUGCAACUUCUCUGAUUAUUCAUAAGCCGCCUUUUCUUGCUGCCAACGGGUGGGGGGGUGGGGGGGGGUGGCAGGAGGGUAGGCAGAUCAAAGCUGAGACAGAUAGGUAUGGCAACAUGCCCUGUAGGACACGUCUGUUUAUGUCUGUUUACUGCCGAUUCACUGCAGGAGGCCUAAGAAUCAGCCAGCCUCUUUAAGACUGAAAAUACUCUACAUCUGCUGUGGCAACUUAAAAGAAAAUGCCCUCCAGUGUGUUCGCUCUAGGCUUCAAAACUUCUGUGUGUAUGUGAGAGGCGGCAGUGUGGAGGGCUAGCUCUUUGUUAAAGGAUAAUUUUAGCUUUGGCCAUCAGUUAGUUAUGGUCAGAUAUCACUGGUUAUGAUUACACUGUACUCUCCGAAGUACACACUGAGAUCUGAGAAGACGGUUACAUCAUUUUAGAAAUCUCAUUUUAGUUCAAUGGGGCAAGAAAUGGACAGGCAUUGAGAGGAGACAGUCAGAUGAUCAGACAAGUUGUAAACAACACUCAAAAUGUCAGUAAUAAUCGCUCAUUCAACAGGCAAACUGUGUCUGUACACUUACAUCAUGUGCACCAGAAGGUUGGAGGGCUUGUUUAAGACCGUGUAUGAGCAUCAGACUGUUCGUGUCUUAGACUGAUAAUCAGACUGAAUUGCCAGUCUGAUUUUCAGUUUCUGUGUUCAUGUCAGCCAUUUUCUGUGAUGGAGGUGUUAUUAUUUAUUUUUUUUAUCUAUCUGGACUUGAAUUGGAAGUGACUUAUCUAUUUGAAUGCGACAAUGUCAUUUUCAGUCCACACAGACGCAGUAGCAGAUGUGAGGAGCAGCUAACAUUCUUCACAUCUGUCGAGGAAAUAUGCUGAUUUCAGCGCCCUUUGCACCUGCACAGGUGCUACCAAUUACUCUGACUGAUUAGACCUCUAAUCAGGUUGAAGUUGGGUGGAGCUACAGUACACUUGAAAUCACAUGAUGUUACCAAACUCUAUGAACUAAUAACAGCGUUAACAGUGUAAACUGUCCUGCCCUGUCCUAAGGUGCAACAAAACCACAUUGUGAGGGAGCUGUCAAAUCAAGCACAGUCUGUACACACCAUAACAGUUUUGUAAAGUAGUCUAACGGAUGUGUAAGAGGUGUUAUGUCAAGUACUCACUACAUGACUUACAAAGUCAUCAGAUUGCUGAACUGUUAACACUUUACAACUUGUCUUGUAAUCUGAAAUCUUGAUAUCAUUGUGGUGUGGACUUUCCCCAGGACGAAUCCCCAAUGGGUCUGUCAGGUCUCCAACAUUUUGUCGUGAAAACACUUCUUUCUCGGGCUUCCCCUCUCACCGGCUGUGACUUGCUGCCGCACUUAUAGCCGCACUUAUAUCCAGUUGCAUACGGGUCACAACACUUUUCAUACUACCAGAUUUGGACUUGGAUUUGGACUGCUAGAUGUCUGUGGGGCAUUUGCGAUGCAUCAGUGAGUUUCUUGGAUUGCAUCUUUGAACAGUUGCAAAUAACGAUCAAGCGCUAAUUUGCCUGUGAUGUGGGGCUUUUCUCAGAUUCCCAAAAACCGUCAGCAAGUGGAAAAUCAGGGCACAGUGUGACCUUAGAAUUAGUUGACUUAUAACAGCCUGUGGCAACUGUAUCAAUGUCAUCUUCCCGUUGAUAUUGCUGUGUCCAAAUAAGAGAUUUUGGAUGCUUAUGAAUCAGCAUCAAUUUGCGUCAUCACUAUGAGGUGAAGUGUCUUAUGACUGUAAUUUUUGCAUCUAUAAUUUGACUGUGAACAUAGCACACCAUUUAGUAAAAAGGGUGUGAUUUUGGAAACAGGAAGAAGACAGUUUUUUUCCUAAUAAUUUUCUUAAUCCUGCCUUGAAAGCACAAAUUGAUUCUUUUUAUUCUCCAACCAGGCAAACAGCCUUUGAUGACCCAUUUCAGUUGGUGAAAAGGUCUGGGAUAUCAAUUUGUCUGGAAUCUGGUUGUGUUUCUUGCCCCGCCUAAUUCUAUUACUGACAGGAGUGAUGGCCAGAACCUCAAAAAACAAGACUAUGCUGUAAUAAACAAAUUAUCCUUUAACAUGAUUUGUUUGCUGCUAUUCAAAGCUGAGUGGAGAAAUCAUUGGGACCAGAAGUGGCUGCGUUCUAAAAUUCAUCCAAGGUCGUUGAAAGUUUGUUGCAUUGGGUGAAACCUUGAAACUCAGACACUGCAUAUUGCUGCUAUAUGAGCUAACGAAUGACUUGGCCAAGAAAAAAAAACAACAACCAAAAAAAAAACAAAUUACCCUCCAAGAUUCACUCAUUGGACAUUCUUCCAGUCUGGCAGCCUGUUUGCUGUUUGAGUAUUACCUGAAGUCAUUCUUGGCAUUUUUUUAUUGGUUUUCUAAUGACUUAAUCUGCUAGACAGUUUAAGGACAAGCCGAGAGGGCCUUCGUGCAUCAGGAAGCAACAGAUUUGGGCUGUGAUGUGCAGCGACCCUGUUGGCCGUGAUUCACUGCCUGCCCCCCAUAUGCUUAAACUCUUGUUGCGUCCACGGGGGGAACAUGACAGCUGCUGAUGUACAGCGCAGGCACGAGUGGUCACAUCUCCUCUGCUUGGCUGCCUCCACAAGCUCUCUACACAUCCUUUAUUUACUGCCUCUCUGCAGACACCCGGCGCUACAUAUACGGUAGCUGGCAGCACUGACACUGUAGAAAUACAGCUGUGCUCUUUGGAUGCCUAGAAGCAGCUGUGAGGUAAAUUCUGCACCCGGGAGAGGUUAUAGGAGGAAUAGCUGUAACGGUUCUGUAAAUCAGACAGCAAUAGUAUCCCCGCUGCAGGCAAGAAGUUUUGAAAAAGCACAAGAUAAAUAUUUUGUUGUGCUGCUUCGUCUUGCAUUGGGUGGAAAACACAGAUGUCACAGAAAAAGACCUAAAACAAAUCCAGUGUCUGUCUCCAAACCUGACGUCAUACUCCAGAAACCCAGCCUGCAAUCUCUGUAUCUCCUUGCUCUCCCCCUGACUGAUCUGACUGUGCUUACAUUUUCUCCACCGUCACCGUAGUUUUUAUGUCAAGAAAAAUGAUCUGCCAUGUUUUUAGAAAGCAGGGAUGAAUGCCAUUUUAACAAAAGCUGUUUAUGAUGUUAUUUUUGUACAUUGGUUGUCGCUGUUUUCAUGUUUGUUUUUAUACGAUAUACUGUUGUUUUUCUUGUUGUAGGCUGUUUUACUGGCUUUUUUUUCUCUUUUUUUUUUUAAUUUGCAACAGAGGCUCAUUGUUGCACAUUGUGAGAACAUGACACCAUUAAGCAUUUGUUUCUUAGAGGAUUAGUCUUUGCGAUGUUCCUCUACAAGGUGCAAAAACGCCUUUCUGUCUCAACAUUGCUACAGGCAGUUAAAGCAAUUAAGUCAGAAUUGAUAGAGAGGGCAGAAUUUGGCAUAGAGCAUCGAGUGAAGCCCACAAAAGGCAUACUGCACGCUUGUCGACGUGCUUCUCUGUAUUAAGAUCUAGUUUAAUUAAAUUAGGACGUGCUGCUACAAUUUGCAGUAUGUCUUUUAAAACUGCCAGUGUAAGGCCCAUUAUGUAUUUCUAGAGCAUGUACUAUUAGAUGACACUACAGUGCAGAGCUAAUGUUACUACAGUAUAUCGGCUCUGUACGUUAGCCCUGGAUGUAAAUAUGCUCAUUUUAUGACUGAUGUAACUUACUUUACCUCUGCCACUUGUAAUCACAUUUACAUACAGUUCAUUUGCCAUUUUCUAAUUUUAACAUGCCUAACUACCCAUGCUCUUUUGUGCUCGCUUACACAAAAGACAUAUCUUCCACCUAUAUGUUAUUCAUCUUCUCAUGUUUGAUAGCUUGUCUGCCUAUGUUUUUCCUUUAAAGUACAGGAGCAGUGUAAAUUUGGUGUAAAUUUGUGUUUUUGUCAGUAUAGUUUUCAUAUUUUAUUUGACUGCAUUUGCCUCUUAUAGUGAGACACAGUUUUCCUUAUGUUUUUUUUUUUUAUCUUUUUUUUUUUUCCUUUAAUGUGGAAGGAGUAUAACGUAUUCCCUCUCAUCCAUGGAAGCACUCCCAGUAAGCCACAGAGAUGGUAAAGGAAGAAUGCACAUGCAGUAAUUGGGUUUUGUCUGCUGUGAAGAAUUUUGAGACAUAAAAACUGUUUUGUUUUUUUUAAUUAUUUAAUUUUAUUUUUUUGCCACCUUCGACAUAUUGUUUCUGUAAUCUCCUCCUAAUCCUUCCCCUGUGCUAAAGCUGAAUAUCUGAGCAGUGGAAAUGUAUGCUCUAGAAAUGGUGUGUUUGAUGUUGUGUUCUGCUGGGUGGCACUAUCUGAUACCUGCCAGCCUUGUCCUGUGGAGUUUUCUGCUACAUGUGAAAGCACUCUGAAUAUCUAUACUAAGUGGUGCACUACCCUCUCUUUAUUCUCUAAAUCAACUAUUUUUUAAAUAAAGGAAAGAGUGUCACAAAAACCCCUUGAUACCGUACGCUCAUUGCCUUUCAUGUUUAAUGACUCGAUGCUCCUGAUGUGUUCCUUUUAAAUGUCACUGUCAAUUUUAUAGCCAGCAUUUAAACAGUGUUUGAUGCUGAUUUUUUUAGGGUAGGAAGACAGGACUUGGCAUGAAGAGCAAAGCGAAGCUGUGUCACAGCAGAUCCCAUGGCGUAUUCAGUGAAACAGUGGCAUUACUGCCUUAAAAUGGCCUCUUUAAAAAAAAACAAAAAAAACACAAAACCUGAGGGACUGACGCUGAAAUGAGCUAAUGGUAGUCAGCUACUCGCAUACAGGAUUUCUUUUUUUUUUUUUUUUUUUUAAAGAACAAAAGGAAGAUGAUGAAAGUGGCAACCAUCGCCAAUUUGUCUCAUGUUUCUACAGCAUGGAGUGAACAGCAGAGUAUUUUUGUAUGGAGUUUUAUCCUUUUUUUUUUUAAACCUAAUUGUUAUCAGGCCUGUGUGACAGUGAGUUGAGUUUAUUGUGCCAUUCCAUUCUGGCUUUUUGUUUUACAUCACUGUUCCUUCUAUGCAACAAUAUGACCUAUUUUAGCCUUUGUACAGAUUAUUUUGUAUGAGUAACAUGUAUUGAAAUAAAGUGAACAGAAUCAA